GCAAACAAAGAUGGGUAAGAAGGUCAGAUGACUAUGAUGUUGCUUUUAAAGAAAUGGAUGAGAGUCUUUUGAAAGACCUCAAUCGUGAAGUUGGCUUGUUGAAAAUGCUUCAAGAAUCACGUGAUGUUAUCCAGUUUUUCGGUUUAGUCGAGGAUAAAAAUCAAUCAAAACCAUAUCUUGUCACUGAAUGGGCACCUCACGGAAACUUACGUGAAUAUUAUAAGGAGAAAAGGCUCGAUCAGUCUUCAAAAAUCCAAAUCGCGCUAGAUAUCGUUCGUGGACUUAAUUUCCUUGAGGCCUACCAAAUAUUACAUCAUGAUGUGCGAAGUGCCAACAUCAUGAUCGGUUCUUACGGAAAUGCAAAAAUCGCAAAUUUUGGAAUGGGUCGUAGUUUUAUUGAAAAAUCGAGAAAUAUUAAAUUUAAUUCUAAUACUAUUCGUUAUAUGGCCCCAGAAAAGAUACGCGGUAUGCCUUAUGACUCACGAUGCGAGGUUUUCAGCUUUGGGAUGCUGCUUUGGGAAAUUGCUGAAACAGAACUGCCAUUCUCUGAAUAUAAAUAUGAAGUUGACAUUAGAAAUAAAAUAUUAGAAGAUCCUAUUCAAUUAUCAUUUAAAAAUCGUAUGCCUAAAAAAUGGGAAAAACUCGUUUUGAAAGCAACCAGUUGCGAUCCGGAUAAACGUCCUCAAUUUAAAAAUAUACUGGCAAAGAUUAAAGAUUUGAGUCAAACACCGGUAGCAUCUGUUGACCAAAGUAUUUCAAUUUCUGCAUCCCAAAAAGCAUAUAUAAAAAAUAUCAUGUCAAUUGAAGAUGCGAUCAAACAACACAAUAAAAUGGAUGGUGAUAAAGCUAAAGCUUGGGAAUCUUUUGAAUUUUACUCCCAACUAGGUGACACGACAGCCAAAUAUUACAAAGCUUAUUAUCUAUACAAAAAUUUCUUGGAACCUCAAUUUUCCAAAGAACAAAGGCUUAAUCAAGCUGCCAAGCUAUUUAAAGAAGCAGCUGAUGACGGUGAUAUGACAAUUUCUCAAUAUUAUUAUGCAGCAUGUUUAUAUAACGGUCUUGGAGUGGAAAAAGAUUUAAAAUCUGCUUUUGAAUAUUUUUGUAAAGCAGCUCAUAAAGGUGAUGCGAACUCAAUGUUUAAUGUUGGAAAUAUGUAUUAUGGGGGCGUGGGUGUCGAAAAGGAUGUUAAAGAAGGUAUUCAUUGGAUUAAAAUGGCUGCUUAUAAUGAUGUUUCUUCGGCCGUGAAGUUUUGUGAAGAAAAGAAUAUCCCACUUUGA